AUGGCUUCUGCAAGUUCAACGGCUGCUUCGGCUUUCCUGCCGAUGACGACCAGUCCUCGCAUCAGUGCCAAGAAGGAUGGAAGCAGUUUCCCGAGGGUUAACAAGAGCUUCAACUCCGUGCAGCCUCAACCGUUGCCAAGGCUUCGUUGCACACCGUUGACUCGAUUCCAUGCUACGUCUCACUCCAUCUUUUCUCCUAGAAGGUGGUCAAAUGGUGCCGUUAAUGGGGGUGGCAGUUCUUGUAGAAAGAAGAAUAAGGCUCACAGACAAUAUAGUUCAUUUCUUGGGGAACAGAUGGCCGAAGGUUCUUUUUCCAAAUUAUCCAAGUGCGCAUCCUGUUCGAUGAGAUAUCGACGAAGCCGUUACACAUUGAAAAAGUACCUACCUGGAGCCUUCAGUGACAAGUCUACUUUCCGUUUUCCUGGUCACUCGCUCAAUGCUGCUUCACGCCUCCAUGUACCAUGUGCUUCCGUGGGCCCCAAUGAGCCACAUGCUGCAAGCACAGCCUGUCCAGAUGGCUUACUGGAGAGGCAAGAUUCAGAUAUACCAUUCUCUGAAUUAGAAAGGAUGGGUCUGACUGAGUUCUUAGGUUCCGAACUGCCUUCUCAUCCAAAAUUAUACCGAGGGCAGUUGAAAAACGGGCUCCGCUAUCUUAUCUUACCAAAUAAGGUUCCGCCAAACAGGUUUGAAGCACAUAUGGAAGUUCAUGCAGGAUCUAUAGACGAGGAAGAAGAUGAGCAGGGAAUUGCGCAUAUGAUUGAACAUGUUGCAUUCCUUGGUAGUAAGAAACGUGAAAAACUUCUUGGAACUGGUGCUCGAUCCAAUGCUUAUACUGAUUUCCACCACACAGUGUUCCACAUCCAUUCACCAACAACUAAUAAGGGCGCUGAUGGAGAUCUACUACCAUCUGUUCUGGAUGCUUUGAAUGAGAUUGCCUUCCAACCAAAAUUCCUUGCUGCUCGAGUGGAAAAAGAGCGGCGUGCUAUACUUUCAGAACUACAAAUGAUGAACACAAUUGAAUAUCGUGUUGAUUGUCAGCUAUUGCAGCAUCUGCAUUCCGAAAACAAGCUGAGCAAAAGGUUCCCGAUUGGAUUGGAGGAGCAGAUUAAGAAGUGGGAUGCUGACAAGAUUAGGAAAUUUCAUGAACGUUGGUACUAUCCUGCUAAUGCAACCCUAUAUAUUGUUGGUGACAUUGAUAAUGUAUCAAUGACCAUCGAUCAGAUUGAGACUGUCUUUGAGCAAGCUGGUGAAAAUGAGGCAGCUCCCACACCUGCACCUAAUGCAUUUGAAGCAGUGGCUAGUUUCCUUGUUCCAAAGCUCUCAGUUGGGAUGCCUGGAAGCCAACCCCAAUCAUCUACUUCGGUAGAUCAAUCCAGUAAUGUAAAAAGAGAAAGGCAUUCAUCUCGGCCUCCUGUGAAGCAUAACUGGUCCUUUCCUGGUAUCAAGGCAUAUUUGAAGCCCCCUCAAAUAUUUCAACAUGAGUUGCUACAAAAUUUCUCAAUUAAUUUGUUCUGCAAGAUUCCGGUGAACAAAGUUCAAACUUAUGGUGAUUUGCGUAAUGUUUUGAUGAAAAGGAUUUUUCUAUCUGCACUUCAUUUUAGGAUUAACACAAGAUACAAGAGUUCGAAUCCGCCGUUUACUUCAAUAGAACUGGAUCACAGUGAUUCUGGAAGGGAAGGUUGUACUGUUACAACUCUAACAGUUACCGCAGAACCCAAUAAUUGGCAAAGUGCAAUAAGAGUUGCUGUCCAAGAGGUCCGAAGGCUGAAAGAGUUUGGCGUUACCAAAGGUGAAUUAACUCGCUACAUGGAUGCCCUUCUGAAGGACAGUGAACAUCUAGCUGCCAUGAUAGAUAACGUGUCAUCAGUUGAUAAUUUGGAGUUCAUUAUGGAGAGUGAUGCUCUGGGGCACACUGUAAUGGACCAGAAACAAGGCCAUGCAAGUUUGGUUGCUGUUGCUGGGACCGUUACUCUUGAAGAAGUUAAUGCUGUUGGCGCUGAGGUACUGGAAUUUAUCUCUGAUCACGGAAAGCCUAGUGCACCUGUUCCUGCAGCUAUUGUUGCAUGUGUACCUAAGAAAGUGCACAUUGAAGGAGUGGGGGAAACUGAGUUCAAGAUAUCUCCUGUCGAAAUUACAGAAGCCAUAAAGUUUGGGUUGGAGCAACCCAUAGAGGCUGAACCAGAGCUUGAAGUACCGAAGGAGCUGAUAUCUUCAUCACAGUUAGAGGAGCUGAGAUUACAACACAGUCCUUCCUUCAUUCCUUUAGAUCCAAAACUAAAUGUCACCAAAUUGCAUGACCCUGAAACAGGGAUCACUCAGUGCCGCCUGUCAAAUGGAAUGGCUGUCAACUACAAGAUCUCCAAAUCUGAAUCUCGUGGCGGUGUAAUGAGACUGAUUGUUGGUGGAGGGCGAGCAGAAGAAGGUUUGGAUUCAAAAGGAUCUGUGAUCGUCGGUGUUCGAACUCUUAGUGAGGGAGGUCGUGUUGGAAACUACUCAAGAGAACAAGUAGAACUUUUUUGUGUGAAUCACCUAAUAAACUGCUCUCUGGAGUCGACUGAAGAGUUCAUUUGUAUGGAGUUCCGGUUUACACUACGAGACAAUGGGAUGCGAGCAGCAUUUGAGUUACUUCACAUGGUGAUUGAGCAUAGUGUUUGGUUGGAUGAUGCCUUUGAUAGAGCAAGGCAGUUGUAUCUGUCCUACUACCGUUCAAUUCCCAAAAGCUUGGAACGGGCAACCGCUCACAAACUCAUGACAGCAAUGUUAAAUGGGGAUGAGAGAUUCGUUGAGCCAUCUCCACAAUCACUACAGAACUUGAAUUUGGAUUCUGUGAAAGAUGCUGUGAUGAAUCAGUUUGUUGGUGAUAACAUGGAGGUAAGUAUUGUGGGAGAUUUUACCGAGGAGGAGAUUGAAUCUUCCAUAAUUGAUUUCCUGGGGACAGUUAGAGUAACGGGGAGUUCUAGCAGUCAGAAAGAAACUACUCCAGUCUUGUUUCGACCCUCGGCUCCCAACCUGCAGUCGCAACAAGUGUUCCUGAAGGACACAGAUGAGAGGGCUUGCGCAUAUAUUGCCGGUCCUGCGCCUAACCGUUGGGGUCUAACUGUAGAUGGAGAAGACCUGUUUCAGUCAAUCAAUGAUACAAGCGUCUCAUCAGAGGAACAAUCUACGGAAUGGAAGGAUGCCCAUAAGGAAUUACAAAUGAAAUUACGCAGCCACCCCUUAUUUUUCGGCAUAACAAUGGGCCUGCUGGCUGAGAUUAUAAAUUCAAGGCUAUUUACCACAGUUCGGGACUCCCUGGGAUUGACAUAUGACGUUUCAUUCGAGUUAAGCCUAUUUGAUAGGCUUAACCUCGGUUGGUACGUGGUAUCUGUCACUUCAACUCCAAGCAAGGUACACAAAGCUGUUGAAGCGUGCAAAAGCGUUCUCAGAGGAUUGCAUAGCAACAAAAUAGCUCCGAGGGAGUUGGACAGGGCGAAGCGCACCCUCCUUAUGAGACAUGAAGCCGAGAUAAAGUCCAAUGCCUAUUGGCUUGGAUUGAUGGCCCAUUUGCAAGCUUCUUCGGUCCCUAGGAAGGAUAUUUCAUGCAUAAAAGAUCUCAUUUGGCUCUACGAAGCUGCAACCAUUGAAGACAUAUAUGUUGCCUACGAGCAGUUGAAAGUGGACGAAGAUUCUCUCUACUCGUGCAUCGGGGUUGCUGGUGCUCAGGCUAGGGAGGAUGCGACCGCGUCUUUGGUAGAGGAAGAAACGGAAGAAGAUGGAUUCGGGAUACCAAUGCCAGCAGGAGGGCGCGGUUUAACUACAAUGACACGUCCAACUACUUGA